CUCCGUCCAGUCUUUCUGUUUGGAGAGAGAGAGAGAGGCCCCGAUUGCCAAUGCCAUCCACACCGGCACCAUGAGUCUCAAUGUGCCGUCCAGGCGGCUCCUGAAGAGCGCCCCCUCCUCCGCCAACGCCCUCGUCCCGGCCCUCCAGUCCCUCUCCAUCAACACCCGAUCCAUCCACACCACCCCCUCCCAACAAUGGAGUCUCUUCGGCUGGGGCAAGCAAAAGGUGGAAGAGCGUAACAAGGUCAAGGAGGAGCUCAAGCAGAGCGAGCUCGCUCGCACCCGGAAGCCCACGCAGGAAGAGAUCUUUGAGCGCGUCCGCGGCCGUCUCGAAGGCGACUCCAUCUUCGCCGACACCACCCCUUCAUCCGAACUGGCCGCCGAGCAGGACAAGCACAAGGACUGGGCGACCGCCAGCGCCGAGAAGAAGCUUGCCGCCGCGCACGCCAAGGACCAGACGCCGACGGGCAUCUCGCUGAAGAAGGACCACCUGGUGCGCGUCGUCGACCCGGACCCGCGCUCGCGCGUGCGGUGGGAGCGCAAGAUGGUGAUCCGCAAGCUGCAGCGCGGCACGGACCCGUGGAGCGUCGAGCCCAAGGCGGAGCGCAUCGCCCGCACCGAGCGCAAGUUGGUGUACAAGACGGGCUACUUGCCGACCUCGGUCAAGAAGCUGGUGCACCUGUCGCGCCAGAUCCGCGGCAAGACGGUGUCGGAGGCCCUGGUGCAGAUGCAGUUCAGCAAGAAGAAGAUGGCCAAGGAGGUCAAGACGGAGCUGCUUAGGGCCGAGGCCAAAGCCAUUGUCACGCGCGGUAUGGGCUUGGGCAAGGCCGCCGCCGCCGCUCAGAAGGAGACUGGCGCGGAGCCCGUCAAGAUCCAGACCAAGGACGGCAAGUACCUGGAGAUCCGCGACCCGACGCGCAUCUACGUUGCCGAGACUUUUGUCAACAAGGGUUUCAUCAGAGGUGUUGAGCUCGAUUAUCGUGCCAGAGGCAGGGUGUUUAAGAUGAACAAACCUACUACGACCAUGACCGUCGUCCUCAAGGAAGAAAAGACGCGCAUCCGCGAACACCAAGAACGCGUCGCCAAGAAGCUUCGCCAGGGUCCCUGGGUUCACCUUCCCGACCGUCCCGUUACUUCCCAGCGCCAAUUUUACUCUUGGUAAAAGCCUCGCUGCAGUGGCUCCGUCCCCGUCCCCUCCCGUCGUCCUGUGCCGUCCCAUCCAAGUGUACACACCCCACUCCCACCUCACAGCCCGGGACUGAGUACCUUAUGUAUGUGUCGGUGGCGGCUUCCCUGCCGCUGCCUUUUGGUAGUUGCAGUUGCAGUGCAGUACAGUACAGUACAGUGCAGUGCAGUGCAGUGCAGUGCAGUGCAAUGCAGUGCAAUGGGUAGCAGAAGAACAAGAAAUCCAUGGAUCGAUUACAGACAGCACUUCUCCUUCCUUUCCACUCACUUUCGCUAAAUGCAGUGGCCCAUGUCCCACCCAUCGAUGUCCCCAUAUCAAGGAAAAAGAAUGAAGGUGUGGCUGAUGGGAGGGGAGGGGAGGGGAUACAAUCACAUGAUGGUGAUGGUGGGAAGAAGCAGCGAUGUGUUGUGUGUAAAUGUGUACGAAUAACAGGCAGGCAGACAGGCAAUGCUUAAGCGAAUGAAAGAAGAAGAAGACGGCGGAGGCCUCCAGCCAGCCCUUCUUCCCCUCGUUCUUUUCGUUUACGGUACCCUGUCAUUUUGUAAAAUAGAUUGCAAUAUACCAAGAAAGCCACUCGA